AUGGGACAUAAUCAAUCAAAGCAUCCUGAGUUCCAUCGCGACAACCUAAAAAAAGAAGGCUACGUAAUCAUGGUCUCCAAAAGCAAAGAAAAGCGAAGGUGGCUUGUCCUUUCCGACAAAAAGCUCAGCUAUUCCUUAUCCCUUGGCACUCCUCCCAAAAAUUCCACCACAAUUAAUAAUAAAUUCAGAGUUACUUAUGAUAACAGCUCAGAGAACUCAAUUGAGUGCCAAGUCGUAAACAAAAAAGGGAAAACUCAGCAAUGGAUAAUUAAAUGCGAAACAGUCCAAGAAUACCGAGCCUGGAGCCUUAUAAUUAAGCACGCCCAAAGGCCGAACUGGGAUGAUCCUAGAGGAUCAAGCAGCUGUAAAAUCUGCAAUGGGAAAUUCACAGCUGUCACAAGGCAGCAUCAUUGUAGAAAAUGUGGGUUGGCUGUAUGCAAAAAAGACUCAAAGGAGCGUGAAAUCAUUCCUGAGCUAGGCUACAAUACAAAGGUAAGGGUGUGUAAAAAUUGCAUUGGAAAAAGGAGUAAUGAGACGCCAGAUCUUAAUAGUUAA